UCCCACGUGACGCAUCACUGUACCAAUCAAAAUGUAAUGCUUUACUGGGUUUAGACUUUAUAAAAGCCUCAUUUCUUAACAUCGUCUUACUCACAACACACAAAGAAAGUGCUGUAGGCUACUGCAACCUUCUGAAUAUUUCUGAAUUAUCUUCACUUCACAUAACGGUAACAAUGACUUCCGUGGAAUUACUGAGAGCGCUCCUCUUCCUCUGCCUGCUUCAUCGGUGUGUUCAGGCGGAUGUGAACACAGCUGUUCUUUCUAAGAUGAUCACGUAUUUUGACAACAAUGUUAAACCAGAUACAACCAUGGAUGUUGAUCCUCAGUAUGCAAUGGCGAUCAAUGUCCCAAAGGAACAGUGCACAGUUGAGACUUCAAAUAUCGAGACCGUGUUCAGCAGAGAAGAAGCAGCCACAGUAAAAUCUAUAAUUAUAAAUAAAACCUUGUGUGAACUCUGUACAAACUCACAGAAUGUUAUUGCUACGAGGCCUUUAUCCAGACAUGCCCAUGCUGAGCAUAUCCUGCUGUAUCCAACAAACAAUUCUUCCAUGGACAAACUUUUAAGAAAUGCAAAUGCAAAUAGUUGUGUGGUUUUCUAUAGUUGCUACUCGCCUUGCGUGAAUAGGUGCAUUAAUGGUGAGAACAAUAUUUUGGAGGGCCUUUCAAACUGGAAAAAUAAGCAUGGGGGAAUGAAUGUUUUUGUUUUUACACAUAUUUGGACAAGGGGUCAGGGUGAGAAGAAUCUAGCAGUCGAAUUCCAAAAGAUUGAUGAGAUAGUGCCCCUCUAUCGGUGUUAUGGAGUUGAACAUAACUGUAUUAAAUGUGGCGAUAAUAACAAUAUGAUACAGCCUGCCUGUCUGAAUUAACAAAUUUAUUAAAUCAUCUCCCUGGCUUGUUUAGAAGUGAUUUAUAUGCUUAGACCUUACUUUUCUUGCUGUUAAUGGAACUGAAGUAUGUUUAUUAAUAAUUUUCACUCUCUAAAUCACUUUUUAAUCCCAAUACUCAGGUGCAGUUUUCCGAACAAGGAUUAGUUUAAACCAAGACUAGGCCUUAGUUAAAUUAGGAUAUUUAAAAUUGUUAAAAAACAUACUUCACAAAAAGCAUAGCUGGUGUGCAUCUUGAGACAAAACAAUCACUGUGUAUUUUAAGAUAUGCCAGUGUAAAUUGUUUUCGUUUAAGAUGCCUCUAAUAUUUAAAUUAGUCUGGGACUUCAGCCCUGUCCGGGAAUCUGCCCCUUAUUGUUUUAAUUAAAUUAUUAUUGUGGUAUUGCUGGUGGUUACAAAGCAUG